GGCCUCCAAACAUAUAUCAUAGGCAAACAACCAUUGUACAAGAUCAAUUGUUCGUUACGAUUUUACAACAAUGGAUAUGUUUAUUUUGUUGCUUUAUCUAGCUCAACAAUCAUAAAUAUCAGAAGUUGGCUCAGUCAAUAGAGGACCCGCAUAGAAUACGUAUAGGCUCAGUCAAAUAUUUAAUACUAUUUAUAACUUGCGUGUAAAAUGAUUAAAUAUCUUGGAUUUUUACUUUUACUGAACAGCACAUUUACUGAAGAAGAUUACAAUUACAAAUAUGAUUAUAAUGAUGACGAUAUUUCAAAUGGAGAUGAUUAUGUAUACAAUGAAACAGAUAAAUCUAGACCUAAAAGAGUAUAUGUUGAUGAUACCAUUAAUAACAUAAUUGAUGACGGCCGUGAUUUUGAAGCUAACUAUAUUUUUAAAGAAGGAUACCAGGAUGAAGUGAACAUACUAGAUGAUGCUAUACCCAAAUACCCCAAGAAGCUACACAAGAGGGACUGUAACUACACGAGUAGCAGCGACGAGAGUAUCCGCAGCCCAGUGCCAAACACGAAAGACGACAUAUCCACGUAUCCAUUCGUAGCAUCUGUGCUCCGUAUGGGCUCGCACUACGCUACUGGUGUGUUGGUGGACAAGCGGUGGGUGCUGAGUGCAGCUGGAGUGUUUUACAACGUUCGAGAAUCCAUAAAACUGUACCGAGCGCGUCUAGGCUCUGUAAACUGCAAGCGAGGUGGUAUCUUAAUGCCGUUACAGCAGAUUGUAAUCCACCCGUCGUAUAUGCCAGGCAAGCCAGAAAGCGACCUGGCCAUGCUGCGGCUAGCGAAGCCGGCGGAUCUCAGUUCUUCCAUCCAUCCUGUUAGCUUGACUGAGAGGAAAGGGAAGGUGGAAAUUAGCAAGUUUUUGACGAUGUACUGGCCGCGGCUGAUUGUGGACGGGAAAGCCCUACCUGCUGACGCGAAAGAACGACAGCAGCACACCAACAUGCGAGUGUCGACACAGCGGGUGCUACCCUGGAAGCAGUGCUGGCGGGCUCUGAGCUAUCGCCUGCAAGAGCUGACGCAGAACAGCUUCUGCCUGCGGCCUUUAAAGCAGUUCCACACUCUCUGUUUGCCCGACGUCGGUGCACCAGUGCUGUCUUCAGACGGAUUGUGGGGAAUCAUUUCUGGAUGGGUGGGCGAGCCCUGCAACUACAAGGACCCCUGUCCUGUCGUGGUUGCUCGCAUAUCGCCACCAGCCAUACGAUAUUGGUUAGAUUCUCAGUUUGAACUUGAAGACUAAGAUAUUUUGCAGGAAUCUUCUGGACAUUUCUGGCACUAACAUAUCUAUUCUGAAGGAGCUCAAGAUUCGAACUCUGUUGUGGAAGAAUUCUGGCUUUCUCUGAAUUCUGGCUUUCUAAAAUAGCCUUGAAAAAGUAUUGCUCGUCGGUCCAGUGGAGGGCUAUUAAAAGAACGAUGGGGUAUCCACCCGCUGAUUCAAUGCAAUUGAAGUUACACGCCUCCGAUUUCAGAAUUCCUUUACAACAUAAAGCAGCAUAGAGCAGACAUCAUCUCCGACCCAGGCCCGUCGUAGUUGUCCACAUUACCCCAACUAUAAUUUUAGGUUUCUGGGUAAGUUCUUGAGUUUUAUACCGACGGUUGCUAGCCCAGAGACAAUCGAAAAGUCGUUUGGUCACCAUCGGAAUAAUGUAGAAAUUGGAUAUGGAUUGUUCUAAUUGCCCGUAUAUGUAUAUGGCUUGUUGUACUUUGUGCAGAAAUUUAACGGACCUUUAAGGACAACUCAUGCUAUGGUCCGGGUCCGGGCCAAGACUUUCGACACUUUUUCUAAGACGGAUGAUAGGUGUCCACGUGAUAGUUUCUAUAGAAAACUGUAGUUUCCGACGCCUCGGCCCGCACCCGGAGCUUUUGCCACAUUAAGUUAGACUGUCUCUUUCGAUUUUUAAUAAAUAUCAUGUACAUAUAAAUAGAAAUAGGUACAAACAUGGGC